CAAUGAAAAUUUUACGCCAGAGAUUUGAGAAGAAAGGUUCUAAUUGUACAGAUGAUGACGAUUUAAAUUUAGAUUGGUAUAUAGGCCCCGAGGAUCGUCAUCUUGAGACAGAGGUAGGAGACCAGCGAAAUGAGGAUCUCGUUUUAGAAGAGAUUGAUGUGGAAGACAUACAUUUUGCUGAAGAAAGUAAUGAAGCUGAGGUACAAGUGCAGCGUUACUUCACAGGCUAUGGUAUUUACCAGAAAAUGCUGUGCAAGUUAAAAUGUGAAAAGUGCACGAACGCCAUGACGAAAACAAAAGGGGAGCUGAAGUUGCAUUCAGAAGCCCUGAUAAGAUCAAAAAACUUCACGGAUGACAGCGAUUUAAGGCUUGUCAAUCCUGAAGACAGGGUUUUCGAAGUGUGUCGACUCCAAAUGGUGUGGUACCGUCAGCUCUUCGCAAAAUAUGCCCACAUUGCAGGUCUUAGGUGUUUAAUGUUGUCCGCUCUAAAAGAAAAAACACAAAAAGUGUUUCCCGACUGGUUUGUAGGAUCUGGCGAGUGUAGAGAUCAUCGCGAGAAGCUAUUAGAUUUUCUCUUAACUGUCCUUUUAUUCAAGAAUGCAAAGUGGCUCUUGCGAAAUGAGGUUAAUAAAGUCAAGGAAAGAAAACUACAAAAUAAAUUAAAAAAGCUGUAGGUUAUAAGUAGGUUGUAAGCCAGGGCCCCACGAAAAGAGAUUCGCCGUUCACACAGGGUUUUCCACUUUUCUAUAUUUCAG